AUGGUGAGAGAUAAGUCCGUGCACUGUGACGGGAUCCCAGGAUACAACAUGUUGCGACUUAUUAUAUUAUUUGCUGUAUUCAGCUUGUCGAAAGCCAGCCCCGCUGUGACGAGGAGCAGGCAGGAAAUUGAAGCCUUCAAACAGUUUUUAGACGAAGUCCGUAGAGGCAAUGAAGAUGAAGCACAAUUCGAAGCAAAAAGGAAUGCAUUCCCCCUCGCGAAUGUUGAGGAGCUGAGCGGCAUGUACCAGGGUGACAUAGUUCUGGAUAAAGAAGAUUAUGAGUUGAUGGUAGAAGAGUAUGCUGCUGGUCGCAAUGCGUACACCUCACCGGACAUUUCCACCUGGCCCGAUGACACCGUUAUCUUCCAAUUCGGAGAAGGAGAAUUCAACGAUGAACAGAAGGAAGCUAUUUGGGAGGGCGUUAGAGAUAUCGAGGCUCAUACAUGUGUCAAAUUCAGAUAUAGGAAAGAAUGGGAUGAUGUUUAUGUGAAUCUUACUGGAAGACCAACGGGUUGCUCUGCCCACAUAGGUUACAGGCCUUCACGAGGAGCCCAUACAAUGAACUUGGCUCGCAAUGAAAUUGGAGUCGGUUGCUUUAGACAUGCUACUAUAGUGCAUGAGUUCAUGCAUAUCUUGGGAUUCCGUCAUAUGCAUUCCACUCAUGAUCGGGACGAUUAUGUCAGGAUUCAUGAAGAAAAUAUCAGGCCAGGCACUGAACACAAUUUCAACAAGCACGAUAUAUCAAGAGUGGACAAUUUGGGAAUUGAAUACGACUAUGUAAGCUGUCUGCACUACACUGCUUUUGCCUUUUCUGUCAACGGAGAGCCGACUAUAGAGGCACUGCAAAAACACGAAGGUCAAAUGGGACAACGUCUGUUCGUUACGGACAAAGACUGGCUUCGUAUCAACAGACAUUAUAACUGCCCAGGCGCAUGGGAUUAA